GUUUAUGUCUAGUAUCAUCACACGCACACUGCCACUUAUCACUAAAGUUUGAUAAUCUUUACACAGCGCCGCCAUGAAGUUUGUCAACAUCGCAUUGAUUGCCGCUCAGGUCGCAAAUUUGGCUGUCGCGUACCCAGUCGAGUCCGAACCGGAGAAUUACCCCGUAGCGUCCGAUGUUUACUUUCCUGAAGUAUCCGAAACUUACACUAUGACCACUGUUGUGACUGAGACUGAAUACACUACUUUGGAAACAGUUGCCAUACAGUCUGUCGAUGUAGUCACAGCGACCGAGACGAAGUACGAAACUGAUGUGGUGACCGUGGAGACCGUCGUGCCUGAGACAGAGACUAAGUACAAAACUGAUGUGGUGACCGUGAAGACCGUCGUGCCCGAGACUGUGACUGUUAAAACUGUUGUACCCGUGACAAAGUACACAACUGAGAUCGACUCGACCACAGAGACCGUGGAGACUGUUGUCCCCGUAACUAAGACUGCUUUCACAACUAAGGUUGACUACACCACAGAGGUUGACUCCACAACUAAGGUCGACUACACCACAGAGGUUGACUCCACAACUAAGGUCGACUACACCACAGAGGUUGAAUCGACGACAAACACCGUAGAAACUGUCGUUCCCGUGACUCAGACAGCUUACACAACUAAGGUUGACACGACCACAAAAACUUUGGAGACCAUCGUUCCCGCAACCGUCAUGACGACUAUUUCAGAGUAUGAAACAUCUGUUAUUUACACGGUUGAGACGAACAUUGAGGAGCUUACUGAGACGGAGACUGAGACCACUGUUGAUAUUGACUUCACCACAGAGGUUGUACCGACUACAGUGACAGAGUACUCGAAGGUCGUGGUCCCUGUGACCAAGUUCACAACUGAGGUCGAGUCCGAAACCACUGUGAAGACUCUAGAAACCGUUCUUUCCAGCACUAAGAUCGACUACUCUACCCAGGUGGAGACUACCACGGUUGUGGAAAUUCUUCCCCAAAGCGUUGUGGAUACUACCGCCACACACACUGUUACGGAGACCGUGCCCGUUACGGAGACCGUGCCAGUUUACGAGACUUCUGUCAUCUACGAAAUUGAGCCACCAGUGACAGCCCAGGCCAGUGCUGUCUACAACUACUAA